CAAAUCCGCGACAAACCAAAAAAAUAAAAGAAAGAAAUGCGAUUAUACGCCGCACGGACGGGGGCGAGAAACUAACUUAUUAUUAUUACUCACUGUGGGUGCCACAUAUUGGCCAAUCCCAAUAUUUGCAAGAGGAGCGCUAUCGCCUGUGUCGCCUCCACUGCUGUUUGGUUCAAACUUUUGUGUGGCAGCGUUGAAAAGAGCGCGCGGGCGGUGGAAAGGGAACAUAAGGAGGCGGCACCAGAAGCAAUCAAGUGGCAACAACAACAACAACACAACAGCAGCAGCAGCAGCGUCGUAAGCAAAAUGCAAAAAGUUAAUUAGUGUGAACGAAAUCAAAUUGGACGCCCAGCGGGUGUCAUCGUGCCUCGUCCUGAGCCCUCUUGGAAGGGGGUGGUGGAUUGGGCGCCAUGGAAUUUGCCGAUCUGAUAAAGACCCCCAAGCUGGACGGGGUUCUUCUGCACGACCCGCAGCCCCUGCAGCAUGCAAAUCCAGCAACAGUUGGAACCCUCUGCAUAACCGGCCACCAUUUACUGCUAAGUGCACGGCAGGAGAACAGCCAGGAGCUAUGGCUACUGCACAAGGACAUCGACUGUGUGGAGAAGAAGCCGAGCAUGUCACAGAACGUGGUCGUUGGGGGCAUCAUCACACUCAAGUGCAAGGAUUUAAGGAUUAUUUCGCUGGAGAUUAAGUACGCCAAAGAGUUCUUGAACGUAUCCUCCUCCCUGGAAGCGCUCAGCGCCAUCCAGAAUGCGGAGCUGCUCUACCCUUUCUUCUACCGGCCCAUGUACAGCAUCCUUGAGGAUGGCUACACGAUGUUCAGGCCGGAGCUGGAGUUCGCCAAGCUCAUCAGUGGCGUGGGCAUGGGUGGUGUGUCCUCGCCCAACGUUGCCAACAUAACAAUUUGCAUGCCAUCAACGUCAUCAACGUCUAGUGUAUGUGCGGGAGCCGGCAGCAUACCACAUCCCCUGCAGAAUGGUUUUGCGCUGGACGCAGCCAGCGCACUGGUGGGGGGCAGUGGCUGUGGUGCCGCAGCACCCGCCUGCGAGUGGCGCGUCACCAACAUCAAUAAAGACUUCAGCGUCUGUGCCACAUAUGGCGCCACGCUAAUUGUACCUAAAGCAAUUACGGACGAGCAGAUUGUGCUCUCCGCCUCGUUUCGGGAUGGCGGCCGCUUCCCUGUGCUCAGCUACAGGCACGACAAUGGCGCCACGCUGAUGCGCAGCUCCCAGCCCCUGUCGAUACAGGGCAUCAAGCGGUGCCGCGCGGACGAAGCGAUACUAAACCUUGUGCUGGGACGCAGCAAAAAGGGCUUCAUUGUGGACACUUGGGGCAAGGGCAAGUCGAACACAGAAACGGAUCUCCAUUACUCGCAGUGGAAGAAGGUGAAUCGAUCGAUUGGCAACGUCAGCUCCCCCGCCUCCAUACUGGACAGCUUCGCGAAGCUGAUCGAAGCCUGCAAUGACACUGGCUGCAGCACAGAUAAAUGGCUAUCGCGCCUCGAGGGCAGUGGCUGGCUAAGCCUGGUGCUGAACUCCCUGAACGCCUCCUGUGUGGUGGCCCAGUGCCUUGACCAAGAAGGCAGUCCUGUUCUGGUGCAUGGUGCCAAGGGCUUGGACUCGACACUGAUUGUCACUUCGCUGGUGCAGAUAAUACUGAAUCCCGAUUGCCGAACCGUACGAGGUCUGCAGGCUUUGAUAGAACGCGAAUGGAUUCAAGCCGGCCAUCCGUUUGCCUCUCGUCAUCGCUAUUCCUGCUACACACCUCACCAGACGCGCAACAAGACCUCGGGUGCCACGUUCGUGCUGUUCCUGGACUGCAUAUACCAGCUGUUUACGCAGUUCCCCUGCAGCUUCGAGUUUAGCACACAGCUGCUGAUAUUGCUGUUCGAGCAUAGCUACUUCUCGCAAUACGGCACCUUCCUGUGCGACUCGGAGCGGGAGCGGCACGAACUGAAUGUACACACGCGCACGACCAGCCUGUGGUCGUACUUAAAUCGGCCAGAUGUACUGCAGACACUGCUAAAUCCUCUGUAUGAGCCCAAUGCUAAUGUGAUAUGGCCAUCUGUGGCACCUAUUAGCUUGGAGUUGUGGAGCGAACUCUACUUGCGAUGGGUGAUAGAUCAGCGCAGCGUGGCAACCGUCAUGUCGCAGAUACAGGAGCUUGUAACGCGCGAAAAAGAACUCAGAACUCAUGCCCUCAAAUUGCGCAAACAGGCCUUGGAGCUCGGCCAGGAGGUCUCCGCACUCAUGUACAAUGAAGACACUGCAUAGUUUUGGCUACCUCAGCAGCUCUCUAUCUCUUGCAUAAUAUAUACAAUUAUUUUUGAUACGUUCUGUUGCCAGAUUUCAAACAAUUAUUUAAUAGCAACACUACAAUUAAGUCACUCAAAAGUUCCAUUUACAACAAAUUAUGCUGAAACAAAUGAGAAGAAAGAACCGAAAUUAACCAUAGGAUCUGCUUUUGGAUCAAAACAACAUAGACAACAACUACAACGUAGAUAGUAUGUCCAUUUUUUACAAAUUAUAAGUACUGAACAAAAUAGUGCUCUCCACUCUGUCUCUCUCUUUAUCCUUAUAAAGCUGCUCUCUACUCAGAAAUGAAACCGAAAACUGCACAUGGCAUAACAACUAUCAAAUGAUUAAUAUUGAGUCAAUUUUUGACGCAUUUACUUUUAUGAUAAACUAAAAUUGUUAGCACAUAGUUUUUCAACAUUUAACUAACAUAUUUAUAGUACUUAUUCAGUGUUUAAUAUUGGUCUUUAAGCCGCCGGAUCCGAUCAAAGUUAGUAGAUAUGUAUUAUGAAUUCAACAACAAAACAAAUUUGCCUUUUUCGAAACAAAACAUUUGUAUAAAAUCGGAUAAAUCUAAAGCUUCAAAAGCGUUUACAGAAAACAAAUUAUGCUGUGCAUGCGUUCGUAAUAAAACAUUUAUAUUGUACAUUUA